CGGAAAAGUCCGCUGACAACAGAAGAAAGGAGCGCGACGGCCGGUGACAUGUAUGGACGUAGUAACGGGACCGAACCUGCGUCCACGUAACGUUCACCUUCACGCGCCCCACUUUUCUACGCUGCCAUGUCGCUCCAGCGGCCCGAACCGGACGGCCCGGAGGGGAGAGGCGGCUUCUUCAUCGGAGCCGCCGGCUCGGUGUCGGAGGAGGAGGACCACCAGCAGCUCAUCCUGCAGAAAGCCAACGCGCUCGCGGCCGAAAACCGCCUGACGGAAGCCAUCCACUGGUUCUCGGAGGCCGGACGCUACGGACCCGUCCGGCCCGAACAGCUCAGCACUUUUGUGGACUGUGUCCUCCGCAACUUUAAGCGAAAGGCGCCCGCACUGUCGGCCCAGAGUCGCUCCAUCCCCGGGGACGAUGUGUUCGACUGUCCGAACUGCCAGAGCUUUUUAGGCGAACCCGUGACCAUAAGCUGUGGACACACGUACUGCAAGCGGUGUUUACAGCGGCGGCUGCUCUUCAAGUGCAAACUGUGCAGCGCGGCGGUGAAGGGCGAGGAGAAGACCAACGUAAUGCUGCACGGGCUCUUGUACAAAUGGUUCCCCGACGACGUGAAGAAGUCCAAGAAGCUGCGGGACGUGGACGAGCUGUGUAGGAAAAAGCGCUUCCACGAAGCCGUGUCGCUAGCGACGAAGGCGAUCCAGUCCGAUUUAGACACAGCAGCGGCCGUUCGACUGUCCAGAUCAGAGGCCUACAUGGCUCUUAAACAAUACUGUCUGGCGUUGGAGGACACAGAGUUUUGCCACGGGUCCAGCUGUUCUGCUGAAUCUUUGUUCAGAAAAGCUAUGGUGCUUCAUGAGAUGGGGCAGGUGGAUGAGUCUCUUCAGUUCUUCCUCCAUUGCCUGGCAGUGGAUGAAGACUUCCCCUGUGCUAAAAGACAAGUAAAAAAGAUCCUGUGUGAACUCCUGUCUCCAGUUGAUGAGAAUGUCAAGGUCGGCCUGCAAGAAACCGCACAGAACACCUCGCCCCACAUUCGCAGUAAAACCCUUGUGGCCAGUGGCCAAACUCAACCCACGAGUCCAAAACAAAGACAGCCCCAUCAUCAGCUUCGUACCACCUCUGCCCACCACCAUGUCGGCAACGAGGAGUUACUUUUUCAGAAGCGCUGGGAAAGCGUGGAACGCCCAGGUCUGAGCCGAGCUCAUUCGCUGAGAGUGUACGGAUCUAAUGGUGUGGAAGAGGGUCUGAAAAGAGUUUGCUCUGCACCUCAGCUGGGUGACCAGGAGAAGGCGAGCCUGCUGAAGAGAAAAUUGGCUGUGUCAGAUACAGAACCCUGUGUUGUGGACCGUGGAAGUAGCAAACAUGAAAAAGGUGGGAUGAAUUUGAAACAACAAGCUGCCAAAAAUAAUAUCUGCAGAAAUGUGCCUGCAGAUCUGCUGGAUCCAUGUGACAUGGAGUGCUCUCUGUGCCUGAGGUUGUUUUAUGAGCCUGUGACGACACCGUGCGGCCACACCUUCUGUAAAGACUGUCUAGAACGCUGCUUGGACCACACACCCCAGUGUCCCCUCUGUAAAGAGAGCCUGAAAGAGUUUCUAGCAUGUAGGAAGUACAUGGUGACGACAGUAUUAGACAAGCUGAUCAAACAAUAUUUAAGUCAGGAAUUUGCAGAAAGGACUAAAACCCAGCUGGCUGAGACCAGAGAGCUUUCUGACCUGACUAAGAAUGUGCCUAUAUUUGUGUGUACCAUGGCUUACCCCACCGUGCCUUGCCCCCUGCAUGUCUUCGAACCACGUUACCGCCUGAUGAUUCGCCGCUGCAUGGACACAGGCACGCGGCAGUUUGGGAUGUGUAUUAAUGAUCCUGAGAAAGUGUUUGCAGAUUAUGGCUGCAUGCUAAUCAUUAGAAGUGUCUAUUUCCUCCCUGAUGGACGAUCAAUAGUGGACACAGUCGGAGGAAAGCGCUUUCGCGUUCUGUCGCGGGGAAUGAAGGAUGGCUACAGUACUGCUGACAUCGAACACUUGGAGGACACCAGGGUGGAGGAUGAGGAUGAGCUACAAAGACUACAACAGCUCCACGAUGAUGUGUAUGAGCAGGCCCGCGUCUGGUUCCAAAACCUCAAGAUCCGCUUCCACAACCAAAUCCUGCAGCACUUUGGAUCAAUGCCAGAACGUGAAGCUGACAUCCAGGCAACGCCCGAUGGUCCAGCUUGCUGCUGGUGGCUCCUGGCUGUUUUGCCUAUUGACCCGCUCUUCCAGCUCUCUGUCCUCUCCAUGACCAGCCUGCGAGAACGGCUGGUGAAGAUCCAGCACAUACUCACCUACCUGCAGAGCAUCCCCAACAACUAGCGCUUCAGACUUUCACCACCACAAACUCUCUUUGCACUAUUUCAUAAUAUUAAUGCAACCAUAUAGUCAACAUCUUCACACGUUUUGUUUUACCUUCCAUUUGUAUUUCGACAGCUGCAACCACUUAUUUGUUUUAAGCUUAUAAAAGCCUGGCUAAAACUUGGGUGAACUUUCUGAUGUCUAUUGAAGACCUUCUCAGGAACGCCUCCAAGGACGCACACCGUUUGUGACUGUCAAAAAGGACACAACCUCCUGAAUGAUUUUUAAAAGUGGGAUACGCUGCCGCUGCAAUAGUUUGAUGAUGUCGUUGAAAGAUCAUUGUUGCAGAGCUGAGGUCAAGAGAGUCUGAUUAGGGUUGUGUUGUGUCUUAUCUUGUGAGACAAGUGCAAAAGACAUGUUGUUUUCCCCUUUUCCCUAGUUGUAAUAUUUAUGUAUAGGGAGCAGAACUAGAGAGAUUACUGUAUGUGGAGCAAAAUCCUCAGUGCUGACAAUGAGACAAAAAAAGGUGAACCUUUUUUACACUGUAAAUGACAGUGUGGUUUAGAGGAGCCAUUGGGAGUAGGUUAAACCAAAAACCAGUGCCACUGCAUACUACUUAUCAAACAGUGGUGAUUGAUGCGAUAUUUUAAUUAUUAGUGUUAUUCAGUCUCUUCCAGGUGUCAAGUUUUCUCCUUGUCACUUCUCCAAAAUGUGUAUUUACUGCUUCCAUUGCUGCUUCUAAUUAGUAUCAGUGUUUCCCCAGUUUGUUUCCCCUUAAAGUCCUAAAAUCCUAAUUUAAAUCUUAACUGAUUCCGUGCUUUUUAAAUGUGAUUCUUCCUCCUGCAGUCGACCCUAAAUCUACCUUUCUGCUACAGUCUGAAGAGUGCGUAAACAAAGGUGUUUUAGACUUGGUCUUAUAUUAUUGGUCUCUCCUCAAAGCCAAAAUGCAACUUUUGUUAACUUAAACUUAAUUUAUGAAGUAUUUGUAUAUUCUGAAUAGGCAUCUGAGUGAGUUUUGCAAUAAUAUUACAACACGUGCAGAGACAACAAACGCAUGCAUAAAGUGAGGUUAGCCUUUGUUCAGUACCUGCAGCGCUUUGGCUGGGGCCCGGUUUGCCUUACACCGUUUAGCAUUGUGAUCUCAACACCAGUGUUGGCUUGGCUACCAUUCCUUUUGUCCAUGGUAUGAGAUACGAAUGCAUUUUUAUUCCUCUUCCUUUCAGUUUGAGACACCAUGUGCUCACAGUGUGUAUUAAAAGAAAUGGGGGGGAAAAAACGUCAAGUCAAAGCUGUGAUGAAGCGUUUUUAAAGUCAUUUUGAAGUGAACAGAUGUUUUAAGUUAUCAAUUUUCAAUAAAUUCUUUUUUUUU